AUGUUACGAGGGCUGAUAAAAAAUGGCGAUGCAACAAAUAAAAUACCAAUAUUAGAUCCAUAUGUCUUCGAUGUGAAGCAAAUCGACCUUCAAGACAAUUAUUACAGUCUCCAAUCGAACAUUAGUGACUUUACUUUUACUGGGAUGGGAAAUUUCCUCGUCGAAGAGCAGGAAUUCUUCAAAAAUGAAGUAGCUAUCAAUGUGAAACUCCAUUUUCCAGUCCUGAAACUAGAAGCAGAACAUUACGAAAUGGAAGGAGUUGUAAUGGAAGCAAUACCUAUUGGAGGAAAAGGAGUCAUGUAG